AUGCGCGAGGCCAACUUCAGCAUCCCGGGCGCGAACAAAGCCUCGGUCGGCAUCACGCCUGCCCUGUAUGACCGUCGCGCUCUCGACUGCACAUCCACCCUCCCUUUGAUCAACUCACUCAACAAUCUCACCUACCUUACUACGUCAUCCGCACGCAUCCGCGACAUCCUCACUGUAGACGGCGGCGUUGAACGCCUGGUCUGCAUCUUGAAAGAAGGCAGGAGCAAAGAUGCUAUGGAAAGUUGGAAAUGGAAUCUGGCUUUCCAGUGUGUUUUCAACAUCGGUGUCAGAGGCUCUGAAGCCGUACGAACUCGCGUUGUCGAAGCCGAUAUGGUACCCGUGGUAGCCACUCUGCUCGACAACUACAUUCGCGCCAUGGAGAAGUUGAAGAAGAGAGCCGACGAGGACGCAAGACGUACUCCGGCCAACUUCAACCCUUUCCCCAACCUUCAAAGCCCUUCCCGCUCAAGCCGCUCUCCUUACCAGUCUAGAUCAGAUCGCACACCUCGAAGAUCAGUACCACCGCCGAUCGACGUUUCUGCUACCGACGACCAGCCCAUGGUCGACUCGCAGCAGCCGCCACUACGCAAUACCAGACUCGACUUUGGUCGCCACACUCCGAUGCACGACAUCCGUCCGCAGUCGUCGCCGCAGAUCCGCUCCGAGCAGGCAUCACGCCAAACGUUGCGUCCAGUCCGGGAUGCUGAUCGCCUACCAUCGAUGCUGCCCAACUUGAACGCAGAGUUGAGCUCACAACCACAGUCACCGACCACCCCGAGCGCGACGGCUCCGACUAGUCCUCGCUCGGCUGCUAGCCUUGGACGUAGAAGACCAUCGAUCCGUCAUCAGCUAUCUAUUUCUGGCAACUGGGAAGAUGAGCAAAGUGACGAUGCUGUUCAGGACAUUUCGGAUACAGCUGAGACGUCACCUGAGCCAAUGGUCGACAUUCAAACCGAUAUUUCCAUGCAGGAUAUCGUCAACGAUGAAACCAUGCUCGAAGGAAGCGUAACGCCUGUGGCUCUGGGUGUGCCGACUGUUGAUGUAUCAGAUUCGGACGCUUUCAUCAGUCACGCCUCAGUGCAGGAUGGCAGCAUCAACAACCAAACCCCAACACAAGCUCAACCCGGAUUCGCACCUCCCCAGCAACUUCCUUCCGUCGAUAUUGUUAACGCCACCCCACCAGCACUCAUGGCUCCGCGUGCUGGUGUCCCCUUCGUCUCGGCUCCCGCGCCCCUUGCCGCCGCCCUUCCUCGUGAUGAAGAUGUCAUCAUGUCUCUUCAACUGCUCGCGUAUGUUUCAAAAUACUGCAACCUCCGUUCAUACUUCCAGGCCUCACACCUCGUACCCCGCCUCAAUAUUGAUGCCGAAUUAAGCACGCUGGACGCCGACUACGAUCCAUCAAUCCCCUUCACCGGUCCUUCUCAAGAGGAGCUUGAAGAGGCAUGGGACAACGAAUUCGUCGAACAGCCCGCUUACAACAUUUUCCCUCUGAUCGAGAAGUUUACUGUGCGUUGCUCGAGCUCUCGGCAAUCUCUGCUACCAACGUCGGCACAGCAGAGCGAAACAAUGCAAUAUUGGGCAGGAGUGGUUAUGCGCAAUCUCUGCCGCAAAGACGAAAGCCGUGGCGGUAUUCGCCAAUGUGCAUACUGGAAGUGUGGCAAGUGGGAAGAGUACACGCGGCAAUUUGCUAAAUGCAGACGUUGCCGACGCACCAAGUACUGCAGCAAAGAGUGCCAAAAGGGUGCUUGGGGCAGUCAUCGAUUUUGGUGUGUGGCAGCUGAAGAGGGCAAAGAAGGAGAAAACUCCCGGCAUCACCACCAUCACACACACUCGCAUUCACACCAGCGAUCUCAUCAACACUCGCAGGGCGAAGGAUCAGCGACGGCAGCGGCAGCAGGAGCAGCUACAACACGAGGCGAAGCAUCACGCUCUCGAACACAUCAUUCUUGA